UUUGCUGGGUGCGUUUGCUAUCGUACGUUGUAAUUAUGAAUCUUUUCAUUAGUUUUAUUGAGUAAUAUAAAUUGCGUUCGUCUUUUAUGACAAGUUAAAAAGUGGUAGAAGUGAAAUCCUUAGAGGGAUAUUGACCAAUGCUGCUGUAUACUGAAUAUGGCUGACGAAAGACUAGUGGUCCUGAAUCGUUGUGACAACUUAGGAUUUGGAUUUUCUUUACUCGGCGAAGCCGGUUUGCCACAUAUUAUUUACGAAAUCGAAGAAAAUUCUCCUGCAGCUCGUAGUGGUGAGGUUGAAGCGGGAGACGUAUUGCUCAAGGUUAAUGGGACUGAUGUGAACCGGUUCACAACCCGAGAAGUUCUAAAAUGCUUGCGACUAUCGUCGGAUCCCGUCACUUUACGGUUAAAGAAGGACCCACAGAUCAAAGCGAACGUGAGGCGCUAUCUGUCCGCCGCCGCCGAGCGUCGCACUAGCGGGCCCCCGCGCACGAAACACGAUAAAUCGGGAUCACCGCCGUCGAGUAAUUCGAACAGCAACUCGUCGAGUAAUUCGUCGAGCAACGGGUCGGGUGUUCAGUCCGGAGAAAGUUGCGAGGCGCUGUUGCCGGAGGAGCGGGCCGAGAGGCGACCGCGCGUCACUCAGCCUAAAUUCGAGGCUUAUAUGAUGACCGGCGACCUCAUGCUCAACCUGUCCCGAGUUGAGCAUCCACACCACAACCACCACGCCCCGACACACCGCACACACUACCACAGAUAUAAUUCAACGCCCGCCUCGCCAAGUGAAAACCGACUGGCCGCUCGUGUUGAACUCUCACAACGACACAAUUCCUCGCCCGAUACGGGAUACAUCGGAGACCAUGCUAGUAAAAUGUUCAACUCCCAGCCCGCGUCUCCAGCGGGAGGAAAUGCUUCCUCUGGGGAGAUGGCGACACGCACACAACAUAUUGUACGAACUUCCAGAUCAGAAGAUCACUUACAGUUCCAGAAGGAGUCGUCGCUGAGUGCGGUGGCGGUGGACAUGGAGGAGGACGUGACGUCAUCGCUGAACACGCUGCUGGACGCGCGGCCCGACUCCGCCACGCCCGCCACGCCGGCGCCGCGCUCCGACUCCGACGAGCGCGACAGGAUCGUAUGGACGUACAAUGCACCGAUAUCCCAAUGCAACGGAUCGGCGGCCACAUCGAACUCGACCUCCAUCUCAGACGGAAUAUCACAGCGGUCGUCGUCCCCGCUGUCGCCGACGUCGGCGUCGUGGUCGGCGCUGUCCCCGCGCGCCACGCCGCCGCACCGCGCCGCGCUGGCGCCGCACCACCACCGACCACUCAACGGUGAUAUGAGCUUAUCGGAAGCGGUAUCAAAUAUAUCUAGUCCGGAUUAUCAAGACCAAGACGACAUGUUCGACACGGGCAGGGAAUGCCCCAGAAUGGAAUUGUCCGACCCGUCCGACUCCGAUUCCACAAUACUAGUCUCUGAACCUUGCCACAAACGGGCAAAGUCAAAUUCCACCUAUUCGGAUCACGGUAGUGACGUCACGCUCAACGGAGAUCACAGUAAAGACUAUAGAAUAGUCAUACAGGUGAAAGGACCGGAGAAACAGAACGCGAACACGAAUGAUAAUGUAAAUAAUAAUAACAAUAGUAACUACGCACAAAAUGGCAAAGAAAAUGGACACAACUCGCCCGAAAAUCAAGGCUACCAGGAGUUGUGCAGCGGAUCAGACGCCGGGUCCGACGAGGGCUCGGACGGAGACUCGCUGCACUCGUUCCACUACAGCCCGAAGGCCGUUGACAUACCCUCCGCCGAGCGGCUCGCUAAACGACUGUAUCACCUCGAUGGGUUCAAAAAGUCAGAUGUAUCGAGGCAUUUAAGUAAAAACAAUGAAUUCUCGCGAGCUGUGGCGGAAGAGUACGUGAAGCACUUCGAAUUCAGCGGUGCGACCCUGGAUGAGGCACUGAGGACAUUCUUAGCUCGUUUCGCACUUAGCGGCGAGACACAGGAAAGAGAACGAGUCCUCGUACACUUCUCUCGUAGAUACCUCGAGUGCAACCCUGGGGCUUUCAAUUCACAAGAUGCGGUUCACACCCUAACCUGCGCUAUAAUGCUACUCAACACGGACUUGCACGGGUGUGGCGGCGGCGGCACGUUCCGACGGAUGUCGUGUGCGGAGUUCAUCGAGAAUCUCGCCGAGCUCAACGACGGAGACAACUUCCCGCGGGACACGCUCAAGCAUCUCUACCACGCGAUACGCAACCAGCCGCUACAGUGGGCACUAGACGUGGAGGUGGCUCCUCCUAGCGGUGAAAACCGUUCGUCUGCACCAGUGGGCAGUAACCCUUUCCUGGACCUGCCUGACCAGAGUCGCGCCGUCGAGUACAAAAAAGGCUAUGUUAUGCGGAAAUGUUGCUUUGACGCUAACGGAAAAAAGACACCUUUUGGUCGUCGAGGUUGGAAAAUGUUCUAUUGCACAUUGCGAGAUCUAGUCCUAUAUCUACACAAAGAUGAACAUGGUUUUCGGCGAAGUCAAAUGUCAGACAAUCUGCACAACGCAAUUAGAAUACACCACGCGUUGGCUACGAAAGCAACGGAUUAUACAAAAAAACAACAUGUAUUCCGAUUGCAAACUGCCGAUCAAGCGGAAUAUCUCUUUCAGACUAGUGACUCAAAAGAGCUGUGCUCAUGGGUGGAGACUAUAAACUUCGUGUGCGCGGCGUACUCCGCGCCCCCACUGGCUGGAGCCGUGGGCUCGCAACGCAAGUUUCAACGACCACUGUUGCCUUGCACGCACACCAAAUUAUCCAUGCGGGAGCAACUGGCGGACCAUGAAGAGCGAGCUGCGCGACUGGAAGAGGAGUUGGCAGCUUUGAGGCACGCGCGCGAUCAUCCACAUGCUCAUCGCGAUAAAGAUCACUACCUCGUGCACGAGAUUAAGAGGUACCGCACGUACGCAUACGUGAUGCGGAUGCGUGGCGGCGGUGCGGGAGCUGAAGAAAAUGCGCCCGCCCUACCCGAACGCACGGCGGCGCAUGCUCAACACGCGCAGAAUCCGCCGCCCUGACGCGCCAUGGCGUUGUUUGCCGCCUGCGUGCUCUGAUGCUACCGCCCCUCCCGCGCACCUCGUGCGAACCCCCCUCGCUCGCCCCGUUCUUCCGACACCAGCUACGGUUGGAUCGAAUAAUGAAGUAGUGCUACAUAUAUUAAAUUACUAUAGAAGCAUAAGCGAGCGUGUUUCGCGCGUUUGAUCAAUAGUGAUAAAUGGAAUUCCCAUUUUUGAUCAAAAUGGCAACAUAAUGUGCGCGUGAGAGUGAAACCAAAGUGUCACAGUCAAUGCCCACCUAAAUUCAGUGUUAAUGAAAGUGUGGAUAGUGAAUUAAUGAGUUUUCAUAACUACUGAAGUCAGUAUCUAAGUGACCCUUAUUAUCUUUCAUUAUUAUUGGAUAUCAAGUUGUUAUUAAAACAAGUAUAAUAAUACCUUGGGGGAUAGUAAAAAUACCUCAUUUUUACAAAAUCUUAGAGUCACCCUAGUAAAACUAUAAUCAUACACAUGUAAUAAACAAUUAAAAAAGUGAUAUAUUGGUAGGAUGAAGUAAGAAAAUUAUGUGUAAAUUGACAUUAAAUAAUUCUUUAAACGUAAAUAAAAACUUAUAAAUAGAUAUAAUAACUUCUGCAGUGAUAAAAUUUUGAUACAGCAAGAGCCCAACGAAAAUAUCGCUUGAGAGCUAGCCUGUAACAAAAUUAAAAUGAAAUAUAUAAUUGUUUUGUUAAAGCACAUAAAAAUAUUUAUAAUCUCAACAUAUAUAUCAUUAUAAGCAAUUUAUAUAUAAAAGGUAUUGCAAUCAUUUAUAAAAUUAAUGUGUAAGUUUUUAUAUUUUAUUUCUCUUGAACUUAAUUUAUGAUCUGUAUAAUGUUAUAAGGUUAUUUAAUAUCAAUUUUAUAUUUAUCACUGUAGUUGAAAGGACUUUCAAGCAUCUCAGAAUACUUUAAAAAGCUAAUAUCAAUGUUAAAGAGUAAAUAUAGAUAUUUAUAUUAAAUAAAAUCAUCUCUGGAGAAUCAGUCAAUCAAUCGUCUAUGUUCAGGUGAAUGGAAGCGAAUGUUACGAAAUAAGAUUUUAAAUAAUCAUCAGUCGUUUUUUGUGAAUUUGUAAUGUUUUAGUAUGACAAAAUAUUUAUUCAACUCGGCCAUAAGACUGAAUGAUAUAUACACACUACAUUCCAUUGCUGGUAACUAACUACUUUGGACAAAUGCACAAAAUUACAAUAACUUUAUCUAGAACUAUUGUUGAUCAUUUUUAUGGUGACAUACAAUUAUACCUUCGUAACAUAACCUUCAUAAAUUAUUAGCCAAAAAAAUCACUAUAAAUUCAUAGCCCCAAAAUUCUAAUAAUUUAAUCACUUCCCUCUUUUUCAAAUUCAAACGUAUUUUUUAUUACAUAAAAAAAACCUUUUUAGAUAUUAUUAUAUUGAUAUUCUUUAUUUUGUUUCUGAAAUAUAAAAUUUCGAAUAGCAUAAAACAAUUUGUGUUAUGUUCAUUUGUAUUUUCUGAAAAUAAGUAUGCGAUUUACAAUAUAGCCUUCAUCUAGUCCAGUCUUCCUUCAAUAAUCGCUUUGAAUAUUUUAUUCUUUGCAAAUUAUAGGGCACUGAUGGAAAUGAUAUUCUACGGUUAAGCUUAUUCUUUAAACUACAUAAAUUAUAUUGUAAUGUACUAUAUUGAGGAAAGAAAACAUAAAAUGUAUGUGCUUAUCAACGAGUAUUAUUACUUUAAAGUUAUGCAUUAGUAUAAAGUAAUUCGCCCCAAUAUAUUGGUAUUUUAAAAAAUAAUGCUCUAUUAAAUGUUAAUUAAAUAAGUAAAGGUAGAAAAAUCAUGAUAUAUGGUUUUGAGUCAUUCAUAAUGCAUAAUGAUGCUAUUUAUAAUUUUUCUUUGUAAAUUUCAUACUUAAUCAAGUAUUGUUAAUUCAGUAAUGGCAUUAGGCUAGAGGUUUAUAUGCUUUAAAUAUUCUCUCUAUUUAAAAUUUAAACAUUAAUUUCAUAUAAAUAAUUAUAAUAUGAUGUAAAAAUUAUUUAUCAUUCCAUUUGUUUUUUGUUACAAAAUUUAAAACAGAACAUUCUGUCGUGAUAAAAUAUUUACUUAUUUCGGUUAAGUUACGCUUUAAUGCUUUCACUUAGAUAUAAUCAGUAUGUUACUUGACUUAGGGUGAAUUAAUAACAAUAUUGUAAAUAGAUUUAAAGUGUUGAGACUGAUAAGUGAAGUUAUUUAUUUCUUAUAUAAAUCAACCAGUGUCAAAUCUUGGGGCUCAUGUAACUUAAGCACCUAGGAUCUCAAAUGAGUCUUGAAAUUGUAUAGUAAUUAUGAUUUUAAAAUUUUUUGAAAGAAUCUGAGAAAACACUAUAGUGUGUACUAUUUUUAAAAAACUUUCUUAAAUCAGACUUUAUUAAUUAUUUACUUGAUUUUUGCAAAAUAACAUCUUACAUACUUACGAUUAAAGUAUGAUGAGUAUCAGUAAGCAUAUUGUGUUGAGUUGCUGUUGAAGCUUGUACAAUUAUUUGUUUAUUACACAUUAUUUUUUUAUGAUCAAAUUUACAUUAGAUAAUAAAAAAUAAAUGUAGAUAGUUAUACAUGGAGUAUAUCAGUGGCAAAGCAAAUAUACCCUUAAUACAUUAUGACUACUCUAAAACAAAAUUGCCUAAAGAAAUUGUCAAUAAAUCAUGUUUUUUAAGUUUUA